UUCCCUCAGCCUACCAGUGUGCGAUGUGUAAAUGCGCGUUCGAAGUGAAACCGGAACAUCGGGGUACGGUGGCUUUGGGCGAGUGUGGAAGUGAUUGUGCGUGUGUGCCCGAUGGUGGUGAAUAGUGUGCUCAGAUGGUUUUUUCCUAUCCACGGCUGGAUUAAAUCUCGAAAGCGAAAGGUUUCUCUCAAACCCCGCCAUGGCGUGGCCGCAAAGGUGCGUGUCGUAGUGUGCAGCGACGGUGAAUAGAAGGCUGAAAAAGUGUACCGAAAAAAAAGAAGAAGAAAAUCGCUUACCGAGAAAAAAAAGUGUAUCCCAAAGAUAGUAAUUAUGUGCGUCAAACAAUGUGGCCGGCGGGCGGGCACCGGUCGUUCCGGAUGGGGCGCUGGAAAACGGCAUCCGGUGCUCCUGGUGGCGCUGUUCGCUUUGAUCGGAUUCACCUCGUCGACAGCUGAUAAGGCAGCGACCGCCAAGGACAGCGAAUACGAAAACACACCACUGCAUCUCUCUGAAGCCGUCCAGGGUACGGUCGGGCAGCUGGAGUGCAACAUCACAUCGCCAAUUAGCGGCGACCGCGCGAUCCUGGUGAUCUGGUACAAGGGCGACCAGACCAUCCCAUUCUACACGUUCGAUGCUCGAGACGUACGGGAAGGAUCGCAUCGUAGCUCAAACUCGUCCUUCGACGGACGGGCCAACUUCUACCCGAGCCGAACUCCGGCCAUGCUGGAGAUUCAGCAGACAAAACCGACCGACAGCGGGAUCUACCGGUGUCGGGUGGACUUCCACAAGAGCCCGACGCGAAACACGCGGGUCCAGCUGACCGUCAUAGUGCCUCCAGAGAAGCUGUUGAUUGUGGACGAGAAAGGGUCGCACAUCCGUCACUACAUCCUGGGACCGUACAACGAGGGAGCCACGAUAAACAUAACAUGCAUCUCGACUGGAGGUCGCCCUCUGCCGAAGGUGCAAUGGUGGUACGAGAACAAGGUGAUCAACAACACGUCGGUGGUGUUGUCGGACAAGCGGGUCAAAAACACGCUCGUCCUCCAUCGGCUGGAGCGAAAGCAUCUCAAGUCGGUGUUCACCUGCCAGGCCGCGAACAACAACGUAACGAAUCCCAUUUCGGCUUCAGUAACGCUCGACAUGAACCUGCGACCCCUGGCGGUGCGGUUGCAGGGCAAAAACCGACCCCUGUCGGCCAACCACACGUACGAUCUGCAGUGCGAGGUGCUCGGUUCCCGGCCGGCCCCGACCAUCACCUGGUGGAAGGGUAGCACGCAAAUGCGCGGCCAUCACGAGACGACCGACCCGGACGGGAACAUCACCGUAUCGAUACUAAGCUUUCGGCCCACCAUCGACGAUAAGGGCAAAUACUUGUCCUGCCGGGCGGAGAUGGCCGUCAUCCCGGAUGCGGGCAAGGAGGACGGCUGGAAGCUUGACAUCUACCACGUUCCCGUGGUGACGCUCGAGUACGGCACGAACUACAACUACACGUCCUCCAUCCCGGAAGGAGUGGACGUGUACUUCGAGUGCAACAUCAAAUCCAACCCGUGGGUGUACAAAGUGAUCUGGCGUCAUUACGGCAAGGAGCUGGUCAACAAUCCUUCCGAAGGCGUCACCGUCUCCAACCAGAGCCUGGUGCUGCAGAACGUUAGCCGCAGCCGGGCCGGCCUGUACACGUGCGUGGGUAGCAACCGGGAGGGCGACGGCGAGAGCAAUCCCGUCCAUCUGGACAUAAAGUUUGCUCCCGUUUGUCGACCGGGGCUCGUGACGACGUACAACGUGGGCCGGAACGAGCUGGCGAAAAUCGUGUGCGAGCUGGAGGCCAACCCGACGAACGUGACGUUCACCUGGAAGUACAACACAUCCGUGUCGGAGAGCCUGGACAUCCCGGCGUCGGAGGUGCUCAGCGAUCGGACGAAGAGUGUGGCACACUUCAAACCGGUGACGGAGAAGGACUACGGGACGCUGCUGUGCUGGGGACGGAACGAGAUCGGGGCGCAAACGGAGCCAUGUUUGUUCAAUCUCAUACCGGCAGGCAAACCGGAUCCGCUGUCGAACUGCACGAUUCUCAACCAGACGUUUGACAUGCUGCAGAUUGAGUGCCUGGAGGGCUUCGACGGCGGGCUGCCGCAGGACUUCCUGGUCGAGCUGUACGUGAUCGGAAACCGGCAGCUAAUGGCUUCGAUUAAAUCAAAAUCGCCAUCGUUUGAACUGAAAGGUCUCGAACCGGGCGUCGGGUACAAUAUAAUACUCACUGCCAAGAACUCCAAGGGCUCCAGCGAUCCUACGUACCUUCAGGCUUUCACGUUGAAGAAUCCGGAAAAACAGACUGAUCUAUCCCUCGUCUACUCGCCAGCCCUCCUACAGAUCAAGCCCUUCAUCGGUACGCUCCUGGGCGUGGUGGCCGCCAUCAUCUCGAUCGCGUCGAUCAUCGUGUGCGUGACUCGGCUGCGUGGUUCCGCCGGUCGCGAUCGUGACUGCGGCAGCAACAUGUCGACGAACGACGCGUCCGGCAUCAGCCAGUCCAUCCCGGACGCCGAUCUUGCGCGCGAGCAGUGCAACGGCAGCAUCGACAGCAUCGAGAAGAACCCCGACAUCAUCCCGCAAGCGAAACUCCCGCACCUGCCGGAAGCAGACGAGAAGGCGUUCGAGUGGCUGAACAACGCCGCCCAUCCGCGGCUGUACGCGACGGCGGCGAUGGCCGAGCAGCAGAGCGGUGGCAUGCUACCACCGAGUGCGGCGGCCACCUACGACACGCGCGCCUUCUACGCCCUUCCCCGCGAUGCCCAGCAGCAGCAGCAACAGCAGCAGAACUGCAUGCAGCAGAACGUCUACCCCGUCGCGACGUCCGACGGCCAGAGCUACAUUCCGGUGCACGGUACCAUCAUACCGACGCCCAUCAUCGGCGGCUACGGAGCCGAUGGGCACAAGCACGAUCUCACCUACGCCGACCUUUCGAUGGGCGGCGGCGGGAUGCCGAAGCUUAAUCCGGGCCAGCCACAGAUGUACGUCAGUGCGACGCUCGGCCGACCUCGGCAGUCCGAUAUCAAACGGUCCGAGCCGACAAUUUACGCGCAGAUCGAUCUCGCUCACCAUCCCUCGAUGCACUCGACCAACCUGGUCUACACGAACGCACCACGCCAAUCGAUUCCGAUUUCCCACGCCGGCAUGGGCCUCCCGGUCAGCACCGCCCACCUCCUCCAGCAGCAGCAGCACCAGUCCGUGCAGGCGCCACUUCAAAGGACAUCGGAGUCCGGCCAGCCGUCCCUCACCGAACGGUAUCCACCGCCACCGCUCUUCGGGGGUUCGCUCCCGGUCAGCACCCAGUCGCACCUUUCCAACGAAGCGUUUUUAACAAUCCCUCCUCCUCCUCCUCCCACCCCACCACCUCCACCCCCUAUACCGCCACCAAAGCCAAAGGCUACUGGAACUCCCAAGCGGCUGCAUCAACCACAUUCCUUCGACGACAUUUCCAUUCCAAGUUUACUGCAGACGGUUCCGGAAAUGGUGCACAAUCCAGCCGGAAGUGGCCCGGGAGGCGGCGUACCGACGCAGGAUCUGUCCUCAGGUGGUGGUGGUAGCGGAGGCGGAGGCCUGCCGACGAUCGGCGAGGGUCGGUUGCUGAACCACGCGACACGCUUCUGA